UUUGUAAUUUUUUAUAUGUUGUUUAAAUAUUUAAAAUUGUUAAUUAUUUUAAUUGAUUUAUUUCAAAUAAAAUUCUGGUAACUCAAAAUGGCUAAACCAUUAGGUUGUAAAUUUUAAAUUCUAAAUUAGCUAUUAACAACAGGGAGAUUUUUGAUCCAAUACGGGAGAGAGAGUGCCCAAAAUCAGUAUAAAAGGGAGUGGGCAACCAAUUUGUAUAGAAAGAAGUAAGGCAUUAUCCUUCUAAAACUGUUCAAUUUUUGCAAAUCAUAACCAACUACUCACCUCCACUCUUAACCAUACUACCUGAAAUAUAGAGAAAAAAAAAAGGUCUUGCCACGGCUCCCUUUCUUCUCUGCUCGUCUAAAUUUUCAAGUCUCCCGUAUUUUUUUUAUAGUUGGUUUAUAGGUCACAAAGCCACAUAAUAAAUCUAUAUAUUGCUUGUUUGCGGGUUUCAAAAUUAUGGGAGCGCUUAAUGAACAAGUGAGAAUAGUGGUGAGGGAAUUUGACGCGAAGAAAGAUUGCAGGGAAGUGGAGGAAGUAGAAAGAAUAUGUGAAGUUGGUCCCAGUGGAAAACUCUCUCUUUUCACUAACCUUUUAGGUGAUCCAGUUUGCAGAGUUCGCCAUUCCCCUGCCUAUGUCAUGCUGGUGGCAGAAAUAGUGGUGGGAAAUGGAGAAGAAAAAAGGAGAAUAGUUGGGAUGAUAAGGGGUUGUAUCAAAACCGUUACGUGUGGAAAAAGAGUCUCUAGGAACAAUCAUGAUUUCACCAAAUUACCUCAUCAACAUCUCCCUGUUUUCACUAAACUUGCCUAUAUUUUAGGCCUUCGUGUCUGCCCUCAUCACCGGAGAAAGGGUAUUGGGUUGAAAUUAGUGCGCAAGAUGGAAGAAUGGUUCAGAGAAAAUGGCGCUGAAUAUUCUUAUAUAGCUACUGAAAACGACAAUCUUCCUUCUGUAAAGCUCUUCACACAUAAAUGUGGCUACGCCAAGUUCCGUACCCCGUCCAUUCUGGUGCAGCCAGUUUACGCUCAUCGUGUCAAAAUAUCAAAAACUGUAACCAUUUUCAAGCUUAGUCCAACUGAAGCCGAAAUUCUGUAUCGACAUAAGUUCUCCACCACAGAGUUUUUCCCUAAAGACAUUGAUACAAUUCUCAACAAUAAGCUCAACCUAGGUACUUUUCUAGCAGUUCCAAUGGGUAAUUUUUCGCGUAAUUGGCCAGGUGUGAACGAGUUCUUAACGAGUCAGCCCGAGUCAUGGGCUGUACUAAGUGUGUGGAACUGUAAGGACGUGUUCAAACUUGAGGUUCGUGGUGCGUCAAGGAUGACAAAAAUUUUAGCUAAAACGAGUCGUUUAAUGGAUCGGGCUUUUCCGUGGCUUAAGGUUCCGUCUGUACCCGAAGUUUUCAGGCCUUUUGGGCUUCAUUUCAUGUAUGGGCUUGGUGGUGAAGGCCCAUUAGCGAUAAAGUUAACUAAGGCCCUUUAUGGUCUGGCCCAUAACUUAGCGAAUGAAUCAGGUUGCGGAGUGGUGGUUACUGAAGUAGCAAGUUGUGAACCGCUUAAGUUAGGAAUUCCUCACUGGAAAAAACUAUCGUGCGCCGAAGAUUUAUGGUGCAUUAAAAGAUUAGGAGAAGACUACAGUGACGGGGCUGUGGGUGACUGGACAAAGUCACGGCCUGGUCAUUCUAUCUUUGUUGAUCCUAGAGAAUUUUAACUUUUUAAUAAACAAUAUCUUGUCUUGUAAAUUAGGGUAAAUAUAAUUAAGAAGUCAAUUUUUUUCUUUUAGUAGGUUUUUUCUUUUUUGGGAAUAGCUUUGUUUUAUAAAAGAACGAGAGGUCAAGAAGGAACAAAAAUAGAGAUGGGGUAUAACACUUUUUGUUUUGUUGUUAUUGUAAAGGGGGAUUGGAAUACCCCUUUGUUUCUAACUUUUCGUCUUCUUUUUGUUUUUUUGUAAAUCAACGUGACCUUUGUUUUAAGAUAAUCUUUCAUAUGCUAGAUUUUAUUU